AUGGUAGAGUCAGUUUAUGAGCUAACUGGAAAGUCCCAGAUCGACUUUUUAUCUGACGGUUUAGAUUCAGUUCCAGAGAGUCAACUAUUUGAUUCCGAUGACAGUCAAGCUGAUGAGGUAUUUAAAGUUAUACCUGCUUCUAAUAAUGACACAACUGCUGCUAUAGUACAAUCAUUUUCUGAUUCUGAGGAGAGUUUUAAUGAACAAUUUACGAGAUUACAUGUUAAUGAUGCUGAUAUAUCUAUGCCUUCAUUUUUUAGUGGAGGUGAAAUAAAGAAUGCCCAAUUAAAUUUAACACCAAGAGAAAUUUUAUUAGUAAGGAAAUCCUGGGGGAUGUUGCUUGAUGACGAGGUAGUCAGUAAAUCUGCUUCCGUUAUCUCUAGUAUGUUGAGUGGGAAUGAUGCUACCGACUCUGGUGGUAAAAGUACACCAGUCUUUAAAUCUAUUGAAGAAUACCCAUAUCAUGAAAUUAAAACUGAAGAUGUUUUAAUUGCAGGUGGCUUAUUUUAUGCACAAUUCUAUGGUAAUUUGAUAUCGAUAGAUCCAAAAUUAGACAAAGAGUUUCCAACAUUAAAACAUCAAGCUUCUGGGUUUGCAAUGGUUUUAAAUACAGCUGUAAUUAAUUUAGAAGAUUUAACGAUUUUAGAACAAUAUUUGAAAAAUUUAGGUAAAAGACAUUUUAGAAUUUUAGGUAUCCAAGCUCCAAAUUUUGAAUUAAUGGGUGCCGCAUUUAUCAAAACUCUUCGUGAUCGUAUUGGUAUUUAUUAUACAAUCGAACUUGAGAAAAUUUGGACAAAAAUUUAUUACUUCCUGGCAAAUAGUAUUUUAAAGUAUGGUGCUGAUCCUAUGUUAGAUGUAAAUUCUCAAGAAGAAGUUUUGGUAUUUUCAAUGCCAACUUUAGGAAAAAAUUCAAACGUUUCUACAUCAGGUGUUCGUUCAAACAAGACCGUAUCUUCAAAUGACGUAGGUUCAAAAUCACUGGUACGGACUAAUUCAGGUAAAAGCAACAGUUCAGCUUAUGAUAAUAGACGAUCUUCUGGUACAAUAAAUAAAUCACAAUCGAUGAACCAAAAUAUUCCUUCACAAAAGAAAGUAUCUUCAAUUCCUAAUGACACUAGGCUUUUAAGAAGGGCUAAUAUUGGUAAAAAGAUUCCUAAUAAUAAAAAGGAAUGUAUUUUGAUGUAA